GUCGGCCUCAACCUGGUAUCAUAGAAAUGGCAGACUCAGACGACCCUGUCCAAAUCACAGCCCAGUGCCUUUGCAAACAACACACACAUACCGCAGUGGUGCCACGCUCGUCUCUUCCCUUGAUAGCGACAGCAUGCCACUGCACAUCUUGCAGGAGGUGCACCGGAGCGCUGUACAGCUCUGCAGUCUUAAAGUGGCCCGGCGAUGACAGCGCGAUCCGCGAUUCGAGCCUGAAGAGGUACGACUUCUCAGACCACCUCACGGUACUCUUCUGCGGGACAUGCUCCAGCCCCAUGUUCUUUGAAAUGCACGGCGGAAGAAGUUCAAACCCCAAGGGUGCGCUAGUAGGCCAAUAUGGUGUUAUGACAGGGGCCCUAUCCAAUGAUGGGCCAGACGGCUUAGUGAGGAUUGAAAAUCACGUCUUCGUGGGGGAUACCAAGGAUGGCGGUAUGAGCAUGUUUAUGCGGACGCCAAAUGGCGACGGCAAGGAGGCGAGGAGAUGGAUGGGUCUUGCCUCUAAGAGCGAGGAAGUUGCCUUUGGCUGGCCAGCAGGGCAGGCGUCAGAGACGGAGGCCCAGAAUAAGGCUGUUGAGAUUCCUAUUCGCUGCCACUGCGGCGGUGUGGAUCUGAGUUAUCAGCGGGAGAAAGCGGAGGAGGAGUUCCAGUCGAAAGAGAAGUCGGAGCUGCCAUGGUUCGUUCAUCCGGAGACGAAUAAGCUCAUGGCUUCUAUCGACCCGUGCGACUCGUGCCGAAUGUCCUCAGGCGUAGAUUUCUGGCCCUGGACAUUCGUCUUGCUCAGGCACAUCGGCUUCGCUUCCAAGACGAGCGGCGAUAACGCCAGCUUUCCGGACGGUACCGGAGACCUGAAGACAGCUGUUUCAAAGAAGGGGCCAGACCGGGAUCCAAGGCUGGGCACGCUGGAGUACUUCGCCAGCUCAGAAGACGUACAGCGGUACUUUUGCUCCCGCUGCUCGGCUAGUGUAUUCUAUGCUUUGGACGAAAGACCAGAAAUGGUCGAUUUGGCGGUGGGCCUGCUUGACUCUGAAGAUGGCGCGAGAGCUGAGAGUCUGCUGUGCUGGUCGAUGGUGAAGACACUCCCGAAAUUGAUGUGGAGGGAUGACAUGCUGGCCGGGUGGAGAAAGCACUGGCUCGAGUCUGUCGAGGCUGGAGCGGAGGCAUAUAGGAAAGGUAUUAAAUGA